AAGGUGCGUUCUGGGAGCAGCUGGUGCCGAGAGAAGCGGGACCGGCAAAGAUGAUUCAGGCGAUUCUGGUUUUCAACAACCAUGGGAAACCGCGGCUGGUCCGCUUCUACCAGCGUUUUCCAGAAGAAAUUCAACAGCAGAUUGUUCGAGAGACGUUCCAUCUGGUCCUCAAGCGAGAUGACAACAUCUGUAACUUCUUAGAAGGUGGAAGUUUGAUUGGUGGCUCUGACUACAAACUGAUUUACCGGCACUAUGCUACCCUCUACUUUGUGUUUUGUGUGGAUUCAUCAGAGAGUGAACUUGGGAUCUUGGACCUCAUCCAGGUUUUUGUGGAGACUCUGGAUAAGUGUUUUGAAAAUGUCUGUGAGUUGGACUUGAUCUUCCAUAUGGAUAAGGUGCACUACAUCCUCCAGGAGGUAGUGAUGGGUGGGAUGGUGUUGGAGACAAACAUGAAUGAAAUUGUGGCUCAAAUUGAAGCGCAAAACCGGCUGGAGAAGUCAGAGGGUGGCCUUUCAGCAGCCCCUGCAAGAGCGGUGUCUGCUGUGAAGAACAUCAACCUUCCUGAGAUCCCCAGGAACAUCAACAUUGGCGAUCUCAACAUCAAAGUUCCCAACCUGUCCCAGUUUGUGUGAAGGUGGAAGACUGGGCUGAACUGGAGUUCUUAGGAUGAGCAAAGCGUCAAGUCCAGACCAGAACCCUGUUGAGCCUUUAGAGUCGCACCUGGGACCCUGAGAUUUUCACAGAUGGGAAGGGAGUUGAGUGCACGCUGCCUGGCCAUCCUGCUGCCCCCUGAUGCACAUGACUGUGGCACACAUCAGGGCACUAAGCCACUGCUCCUUCGCCUCUCCCACACAGCUGCCCUUAGUGCCAUGGACUGUGGAACAAGCCACCUGCUUCCCAGGGCCCCACAACUGAGACUGAACACAUCUGACUUCCUCUCUAACACCAAGGGCUUCUGAGAUCCUAUAUUACUUUAUAGGCAAGAGACCAGGGAGAAGGGCCAGCCUUUCAGCUGUCAGGCAUGGUAAGUGGCAGAUGAGGGCAGGGCGUAUGCCGCCUCUGCUUGGGCCUCUAUGCCCUUUGUAUGGCCAAGCAUUGUGCUCUGCAGUUGCUGCAGAGCACAGCUUCCUUACUAGCCUAUUCCUAGACUUGUCAGAGGCAUCUGUAUGCUGGAUGCAUGCCACCACCACUACACACACACACACACACACACACACACACAGAGAGAGAGAGAGAGAGAGAGAGAGAGAGA